ACCAGUUAUAAACAAUGUUUUGAUUACACAACUCGAUUACUAAAACGUGUUAUUUGAUAAACAAGGAACGAAAAACGCUUAUUGUGUUGUAAUUCAGUGUCCAUCUCGGUGAUAAUUCCCUGGAGGUUGUCCACGACAAUAAAACAAUUUAAACUGUAAUAACAGUGGCUGAUUGUGAUUUGAUUGGAACUGAUGCGAAAUGGAUUCGGAGAGUCCUCUUUACAAGACUGCUGAAUUAGUUCGGGAUGCGAUGGGCUGCUACUAUUUCAUUUGCCUUCAAUGUGGCAAGGAUUUUGAAAAUCUGGACGAUACAGUUAUGCACAUCGAAAAGUAUUUCUAUGAGCCAUCCGAAGACGAAAACGUUGAUGCAUUAACGCCGAUGACAAUCAACGAACCGGAUUGGAUGUCAAAUGAUAGUGAUGUAGAAGCAGUGGUAGCAAACAUUAAAAAAGAAUCAUUCGAGGAAUACGAAGAUUACAAAUUGUCCGUUCCCGAUCAUCAAAGCGAUGGUGAACUAGCGGUUGGAUGCCCCAUUUAUUGUCCACUUUGUUCGAAAACAUUGAGUCACAUGGAAAAUUCAUUGGAAUCUCAUCUAAUGGACGUGCAUCAUCGCCCGAAAAAUCAUGCAAAAAUUUACGAAUGCAAGAUUUGUGGCCGGAAUUCAUUUACCAGAUCGUACGACUUGGAAAGACACAAACUUACUCAUGUCCGAUACAUUAAUCUGUCAGCUGAGGCAUCACCUUUAAAUGCUACGAACAAUUUUGAAUCUCAGCGACGUAAUGGUGAAAGAAAUAAAAAUUCAGUGCUACUUAACAUACUAAGUCAAAGUGCUAGGAAACCAACUACCGAAACAUUCGACAAGCCUAUUUACCAGUCAAAGAAUGUCUCACCUGUUACCUCUAACGCAAAAGUUUGUACGGAUAAUAAACGUUACCUUUCCACAGAGGAACUGAACAGGAAAUUGCAGCCAAAAAAUACGAAGCAAUCAGAAGAAACGGUCCGCACAGUGAAAACUAUAAAAUCAUCAAAUUUUUGCUCAAUUUGUCGGACAACACUUUCCAAAAAAGAAACGCUGGAAUCUCAUUUGAUACGCGUGCAUCAUCGCAACAAAUCAUAUGCUCAAGUGUAUGAAUGCAAUAUUUGUGGAAAAAAUUCGUUCACCCGACCGUAUGACUUGAGACGACAUCAGCUCAUCCACCUGACAAAAGGCCGAAUAGAUCGUAAAACAACUUUGCCCAAAAAAGUUUUCAAGACAGAGCCGAAAACUGAUGACAAAACAGUCAUCACACACGUGCCAUUAACAAAGCGGAUGAUCAAAUCGGAGACAUCGCAAGCAACAGGUCAAACUGAAGUGAAGAAAAUAGCAGCCGAAAUUCGAACAACGAACCCACAGAAAGACGGUAUUCUAUGCGCCAUUUGUGAUAUGAAAUUCGAGAGUUAUUUGGAUGUAACGAUGCAUCUAAAGGUUGCCCAUAAUCAGAAACGAAUUUACAAAUGCAGCCAUUCCGAUUGUGAUGCGGAUUCGUUCAGCAGUGCAUUUUUGUUGCAUCGACACGAAAUCUCACACUAUCGCAGAAUUGAUGGUAACAAUCCAAAUCGUAUGAAAUGUGUAUUCUGUCGGCGGAGUUUUAAUAAAAAAUGGAAUUUAAUGAAACACGAAAAGCGGCAUCUUGUGGAAAUGGCUGAACAGUGAAAUCAUUCGAACUUAUCGAACUAUAAAUGAACAGUUUUUGAAUUCUGGUUUUUGUU